AUGGCAAUGCUGACAACUGUCGUCCAGCGACUGGCUGCUCCUGCUACUGGCUUGCAUCUGACACAGAUCUCUACUAAAAGAAUACUUCAUUCUAGAUUGUUUACUACUGCGAAAUCCUCUUUGUCGCUCUCCUUUGCAGCACCUACAUCCAUUCGAUAUACACCUCCUCAUGCAUCGACUUUAGCAGUUUGCCAUUCUCUACCAUACCGAUUUGUCGACAGAAAAAGUGUUCAUACUUAUAUUUGGAAGCAAAUUAAAAAUAAAGUUGCCUCUAAACGCAAAGGAAAACACUACAAACUCAAGAACCAUACUGGUGCCGUUGCAAGAUGGCUUAUUGCUGGGAAUAAUCAGUUUAAACGAGCAACGGCAAUCCGGAUUCGCAUGAAUAGAUCUCGUCGCCAAUGCAAGCGAAUCAAGUCAAGAAGACGAGUUUUGGCAAAUGCAACUCAUCGCAACCUUUUGAAAAAACUCAUUCCUUAUUACCGCAAAAAGUAUAUGAAAUGA